GUUCGUGCAUUGCUGUUUGACAGCAAAGCCAGCAUUCCGCGAGUGUUGAUAACCUAAACAUUUCUUUCCUGCGUACACCGCGUGAUUCGUACUGUUUUAUGUAUUUUGUUACUUCUGAGUAGUGUAUAAUUUAACGUUGCGAUGGGGAAAGUACGUUCAGCACCGGGUGCCCCCCGGAAACAAGGGUUCAAUAAAGGUGCACAUUCCAUGAACCCAGAUAGACCGACUGAAGGAUUAAAAGGAGUUGCAAAGCCCAGGACCAAAGCAACUAUCAAAAGGCUUCAGAUGUACAGGAAUUUCAAAGCGAAGAGGGACAAAACUGGAAAAAUUUUAACACCUGCACCAUUUCAAGGUUGGUUGCCAUCAGGAACACAGGCUCGUGUGGAACCCAGUCAAAAGUGGUUCGGUAAUUCACGCGUGAUCUCGCAGAAUGCUCUACAGAAAUUCCAGGAUGAAUUUGGAGCUGCUGUAAGAAACCCUUACCAAGUGAUAAUGAAACCUACCAAUUUGCCUAUCACACUGCUCAAUGAGAAGGCUAAAAAUGCUAGAGUACAUUUGCUUGACACAGAGGGAUUUGACAAAACAUUUGGACCAAAGAAACAAAGGAAGCGUGUUAAUUUAAAGUUUAGCGACUUAAAUACAUUGUCAAAGGCUGUAGAGGAAAACAUUGAAAAUUAUGAUGAAAGUAAAGAUAUAGACAGGGUUCGUGAAGACACAGGAGUCAAAGAGGGACAGAGAGACUGGGUAUUUGGAGCUGGAAUGAGCAGGAGGAUUUGGAAUGAGUUGUACAAAGUAAUUGACUCUUCCGAUGUGCUUUUACAAGUGCUGGAUGCUCGAGACCCCAUGGGUACCCGUUCGCCUUAUGUGGAGAAAUUCCUCCGAGAUGAAAAGAAGCACAAGCAUCUCAUAUUCAUUUUAAACAAAGUUGAUUUAGUACCUAACUGGGUGACACAGCGCUGGGUGGCUAUUCUUAGUGCUGAAUACCCAACCAUUGCCUUCCAUGCUUCAAUGACACAUCCCUUUGGAAAAGGCUCACUCAUUAACCUUUUGCGUCAGUUUGCUAAAUUGCAUAUUGAUAAGAAACAAAUCAGUGUGGGAUUGAUUGGGUACCCCAAUGUUGGUAAAUCAUCUGUCAUUAAUACUUUGCGAUCAAAGAAAGUAUGUAAGGUAGCUCCUAUUGCUGGUGAAACUAAGGUGUGGCAGUAUAUCACCUUGAUGAGGAGAAUAUUUUUAAUUGAUUGCCCUGGUAUUGUUUAUCCUUCUGCUGAAACAGACACAGAGAAAGUUCUCAAAGGAGUAGUAAGGGUUGAAUUAGUUCAAAAUCCUGAAGAUUACAUUGAAGAAGUGAUCAAGAGAGUAAGGAAAGAAUAUUUAGUUAAAACCUACAAAGUAGAUGCUUGGGAUACUGCUACUGAAUUCCUGGAGAAACUAGCUGCAAGGACAGGAAAGUUGUUAAAGAAGGGAGAGCCUGAUGUCAGCCAGGUUGCCCGGAUGGUUCUUAAUGAUUGGCAAAGAGGUAAACUUCCAUUUUAUGUGGCACCAGAAGGUUUUGAAGUGCCACUUUCAAAGCAGCAGAAAGAGGAUGAGCCUGAAAGUAAAACGCCUAAUGCAGAUGAAAAUAAAGAAGGUGCUGUUGCAGAGACAAAAGAAGACGCAGAUCAAGAAACUGAAGAUAAUCCAGAUAAACCAGUUUACAUCAAUAAACUCAUUGUUGCUCAAGACUUUGCUAAAAUUAGGGUUGGCCUUCAAUUUGAUAAUGAUGAUGAUGUUAAGCCACUUGAGAAAUUGGAAAUACCUAAAGAGCUUCAAGGAAUAGAUGAUGAAAAUGAGAAUGAUGAAUCUAAAAGCGUUAAUGGCGACAAUAAUGUUGAGGACCCUGACUCGUCAGAUAUUAGUGACUUUUAUAGUGAAGACGAAAACAAUUGUAGUGAUGUAGAAGAUUACCUGACACAUGAUGCAGAAACAGUAAAGGAACUGAAACGUAAGAAACUUGAGGCUGCAAGUGGAGAGUUCACAGUCGAAGAAAUUAAACAAGCUGGCAAGAAACGCAAGGCAGGUGGAAAAGACACUGGUGUUAAGAAAUUGACAGCAAAAGCAAGGCGCGCCUUGGAAAGAGCACAAAAACGCACCAAAACUGGAAGCAACUUCUACGAAGUAUCUAAUGUCAAAAACAGGAAUAGGUCCAAAAAGCCACAUGUUUGAAAUUAAUAAAUUUAUUGGAUUAUUUA